CUACCAGAGUUGAAAAGAGAAAUUUCAAAAAAGCUGCUAAUAUUGAUAGUGAAGAAACCCCUAUUGAAAUAAUUCUGAUUAAUGAAAUUAGCAAUUACAUUUCUGAUGAAAUUGAUAGAUUAGAAAGUGAUACUGCACUUUUUUCAACUUUUUGUAUCAAGCUUGACGAAGCUACUCUUAAUGCCUUCUCGUUUGUUGAUUCUUCUUUCAAGCCCAAUUUAAAACGCGAAGAUAAGGAAUAUUAUAUUGUCUGUCCGUCGAAUUUACAGAGAAAUAUUAUUGAUCUUGUUAAAAAGCAUUUUAACAUGCAUCCUAAAAUUCUGACUAGUGCAAAUGGUCAAUUCCUAUCUUUUGCAGAAAUAAGGUUAAUGGUG